GACCCUGCAGCCGUGGCUCCUGCAGACUGUGUUUCCUUUGCUGAUGACACUCUUUGAGCUGGCUCGGAACCCCAACGUGCAGCAGGCCCUGCGCCAGGAGAGCCUGGCCGCCGCCGCCAGCAUCAGUGAACACCCCCAGAAGGCAACCACCGAGCUGCCCUUGCUGCGGGCGGCCCUCAAGGAGACCUUGAGGCUUUACCCUGUGGGUCUGUUUUUGGAGCGAGUGGUGAGCUCAGACUUGGUGCUUCAGAACUACCACAUCCCAGCUGGGACAUUGGUGCGCGUGUUCCUCUACUCGCUGGGUCGCAACCCCGCCUUAUUCCCGAGGCCUGAGCGCUAUAACCCCCAGCGCUGGCUAGACAUCAGGGGCUCCGGCAGGAACUUCUACCACGUUCCCUUUGGCUUUGGCAUGCGCCAGUGCCUGGGGCGGCGCCUGGCAGAAGCGGAGAUGCUGCUGCUGCUGCACCACGUGCUGAAACACCUCCAGGUGGAGACACCAACCCAAGAGGAUAUAAAGAUGGUCUACAGCUUCAUAUUGAGGCCCAGCACGUUCCCCCUCCUCACCUUCAGGGCCAUCAACUAAUCACAUCUCUGCAUCCAGGGUCCCAGCCUGGCCACCAGCCUCCCUCUCUGCCUGAUGCCAGGCCACCCCUCUUCUCUCCCACACACACAGCGUCCUGAGCCACCCCUCUGUCUAACCAGCCCCAGCCCAUAUGGAACUCCUGAGGGCCUCCAGGACCAGAGUUUGCCAGGCUAAGCAGCAAGGCCAGGGCCCAGCUGGGGAGGAUCUUUCUGACAGGGCCUGGCCUUGUCCCCAGCCCCACCUGGCCCCUUCUCCAGCAAGCAGUGCCCUCUGGACAGCUUGACUCUACCCCUCCCAGCGCUGGCUCCAGGCUCCUCAUGUGGCCAUGCGAGGGCACCGUGAUUCUGUCCCUUGCCCUCCUGCCUACUCUCACAUGUCCCUGUUCCUCUCCCCCGGCCACGGCCUCUGUGCAGACUGUGUCAGAGUCAUUACGCAGGAUCCCAGCAUCUCAGAGUGCAGUCAAGCUCCCCCCUGCAGCCUGCCUCCCCGGCAGCUCGAGCAUGCCCCGAGCUCUCUGAAAGUUGUCACCUGGAACAGGGUCCUGCAGGGUAGAGUAAAAAGGCCCUGUGGUCACUUGUCCUGA